AUGGGAACUUGGCGUGCUCGACCUCGGCGAAGGGAACUGGAAGGAGGCCGGCAACAGGUGAAGCACCGGCGGCGGCGCGCAAGAUGCAGCGGAUCCUUCCUCUACCGCUGCCCACCAUGCGGGUUUGACAUGCACCCGACCUGCAGGCGGCUGCCCCAGGUUGUGCGCAGCGCGCAGCACACGUACCCGGCGCACGACCUCACACUGGUCGUCGCCGAUGGCUGCUGUGCCGCGUGCAACAAAGGCGUGGGGCGGGCAUCGUACUAUCGUUGCACAACGUGCAAUAUUGACUUACACGUCUCAUGUGCAGCGGCCGCCAGCAACAACAACAGCGCUCAUGAAGCUGAAAUAGCCCUUCAGGCUGAGAUUGUACGAACAAGGAUCGCAGCCCAGGGUAGACGCGCCGCGCUGGACCUGCUGAUCAGCCCUGCAUAUACGGUACGGAGAGAGUACUUCUAG